GGGAGCGGCGGGUAAUGGCCGGCGGUGGUGAGUCACCGCCGCGGCCCCACCUGCGUACUUAACCGCCGCCGGGCGGCCGGCGUCGCACUCGUGGGCUGCGCUGCCGCCGUGGCCGGGAGCGGCUCCUUCCUCCUCUUCAUCCUCAACCCCUCCUCCUCCUCGCAGGGUGUUCGGCAGCUGCUGCAUGAGCGUGGUGUCCCUCUCGAGCCGGGGAAGCACCGAGAGCGCUGAAAAUGCCGAAGCCGAUCAAUGUUCGAGUUGUUACUGUGGAUGCAGAGCUGGAGUUUGCCAUCCAGCCGAACACUACAGGCAAACAGCUGUUUGACCAGGUGGUUAAAACAAUAGGUUUGCGAGAAGUGUGGUACUUUGGUCUUCAAUAUGUGGAUAACAAGGGAUUCCAGACUUGGCUGAAGCUAGAUAAAAAGGUGUCUGCUCAAGAAAUCAGAAAGGAGAAUCCUCUCCAGUUCAAGUUCCGUGCCAAGUUCUUCCCAGAAGAUGUGUCUGAAGAGCUGAUACAGGACAUCACGCAGAAGCUCUUCUUUCUGCAGGUGAAGGAAGGGAUCCUCAGUGAUGAGAUCUACUGUCCUCCUGAAACAGCAGUUCUUCUUGGCUCUUAUGCUGUGCAGGCCAAGUUUGGAGAUUACAACAAAGAAGUGCACAAGCCUGGAUACCUCAAUUCAGAGCGUCUCAUCCCCCAAAGGGUGAUGGAUCAGCAUAAACUCUCCAGAGACCAGUGGGAAGAACGGAUCCAGGUUUGGCAUGCUGAACACAGUGGUAUGCUCAAAGAGAAAGCCAUGCUGGAAUACUUGAAGAUUGCUCAAGACCUGGAGAUGUAUGGAAUCAACUACUUUGAAAUCAAGAAUAAGAAAGGAACUGACCUCUGGCUGGGAGUUGAUGCCUUGGGGCUCAACAUCUAUGAAAAGGAUGACAAACUGACUCCAAAGAUUGGUUUCCCCUGGAGUGAAAUCAGAAACAUCUCCUUCAAUGACAAGAAGUUUGUUAUAAAACCGAUUGACAAGAAGGCACCUGACUUUGUGUUUUACGCCCCUCGUCUGAGAAUUAACAAGAGGAUCCUGCAGCUCUGCAUGGGCAACCAUGAACUGUAUAUGCGGCGCAGGAAGCCUGACACCAUCGAGGUGCAACAGAUGAAAGCCCAGGCCCGGGAGGAGAAGCACCAGAAACAGCUGGAAAGGCAACAACUAGAAAAUGAAAAGAAGAGGAGAGAGACGAUUGAGAGAGAGAAAGAGCAAAUGUUGAGGGAGAAGGAAGAGCUGCUGGUGAGGCUACAAGAGUAUGAAGUGAAGACUCAGAAGGCAGAGAAAGAGCUCUCAGAUCAGAUCCAAAGAGCUAUUCAGCUGGAGGAGGAAAGGAGACGAGCCCAGGAGGAAGCAGAACGUUUGGAAGCUGAUCGUUUGGCUGUUCUGCAAGCCAAGGAAGAGCUGGAGAGACAGAAUAUUGACCAGAUAAAGAGCCAGGAACAGCUGGCUACAGAGCUUGCAGAGUAUACAGCCAAGAUUGCACUUCUGGAAGAGGCAAGGAAGCGUAAAGAGAGCGAGGUUGAAGAAUGGCAAAUCAGAGCAAGGGAAGCCCAGGAGGAUCUGGUAAAGACAAAGGAGGAACUGCACUUGGUAAUGACUGCUCCACCUCCACCCCCACCUGUCUAUGAGACCGUGAACUACCACGUCCACGAUAACCUGCAUGAUGAAGGGUCCGAGUACUCUGCAUACAGCGCAGAGUUGUCCAGUGAGGGCAUCAGGAAUGACCGCAACGAGGAGAAGCGCAUCACUGAGGCUGAGAAGAACGAGCGUGUACAGAGGCAAUUGAGGGCACUGACAGAUGAGCUGGCACAGGCUAGAGAUGAAGAUAAGAGGACCCAAAAUGAUAUUAUCCACUCAGAGAAUGUGCGACAGGGACGUGACAAGUACAAGACACUGCGACAAAUCCGACAAGGCAACACCAAGCAGAGAAUUGAUGAGUUUGAGGCAAUGUAAUGAUGCUUAUAACAAGAAAGCAAGACUGUGGGAAAGGCAGAUCUUAAUGCUGUGUUUUUGUUUGUUGUUGUUUUUCCCUGAGGAGGGGUUGCUAUGAUAUUUAACAAAUGUCCUCUAAACCCAGAGGUGUUUGCAUCUCCCCUUUAUUCCAUACUGUGUGUUAAAUUUGGUAUAGUUAAAAAUUCAUCGUACCACUGAUCCUGGUAACUUGCUCAUGCCUUUGCUUAGUGCCAAAAGGCCUUAUGCUUAUGUCACAUCUCUCUUUAAGCAACACAAACCUGCAUCUAGUUGUAGGUGCGGGUCCUGUGCAGGUGCUGGAUUCAGCUUGGUCUAAAAAUAAGCAACUGUGGAUGAAUUUUUGUGCCAUAUGUCUUUGUGUUACAGUCACAGUGUAAAGUCCAACAGUUGAGAAGACAACUCAGGAACUGCAAACACCUGUGUGUGCGUGUGCAUGCACCCUGUUUUUUUUCCUUCGUCUUCAUGCCCACCUUCCCCUGAUACACAAACAAAAGAACUGACAACACCUCAGAACUACUUUGCAUGGGAAUAAGGCUUUUUCUGGUUACUGUGCUCAAUUGGAGGUAUUCUGCAGUGACAGCUCACGUGUGGCAUAGGAACACUGACACCCUCCUUACGUAACAACUAGGCAGAUACUCUGUUGGAAUAAUACACUACUGUGUUUGCAUUCCAGCUUCAUCACUGAUCAGUCAUAGUGUAGUAUUUAUAUAUAUAUAAAAUAUGCAAUAUGUGGAUUGCUGUACUAGUUUAAAAGGGAAAUAGUUUUGCUCUGUAUAUUUUGUUACUUUUCAGAUUUAAUGAGACUUGCAUCUGUAAAGAAGUCUAAACACUGUAGUCUGCAGUGCAACUGAUUAUUUACUAUAAAGCAUUAUUUGUAAAGAUCACUUUUUUACUUAAUGAAGAAAAUUGAUAUGUACACAUGAUCCAAUAUACACAAUUUUACUGCACCUAUUUUUCUAACAAAUUUUCUAAUUUUUUAAAUGUUUGAUUUAAAGUUUCAGACUCCAAACAUGAAGGGACUGCUUGUUUAUAUCACAGUUGUAUUCUCUCUAUUUGAGAGCAUUCUUGUGACUAUUCCUUCCCCACUAAUCUCCCCCUUUCCUUGAAAAUCUGUUAGAAAGUGAGAUACAGUAUGUUGUCAGCUCUUCUCUUCCAUUUACAACAUCUAUGCUGCUUUAUAUUCCAGUUGAGUUUUGUUGUGUGGUGGUUUUUUAUUUGCAGCAGCAAACAUCUAAAUAAAAGAUCUGCAGAGUAACAAAGGA